AUAGUUUCUAAAAGUAAUAAUUUCAAACUUUAUUAUUUUUGGUUUUCUAUUUGUAAAUCCUAUAAACUGUUACCUGCAAAAUCCUUAGUUAAAUAAUAAUCAUUCAGAGUGAAAUUAAUAAAUUAUUAUAUUAUACGGAUUUCGAUCUAUGUCGAUGUACUUGCCAUAGCAUAAAGGCUCAGUCAGAAUUCAGAUACGUCUUGUUUCUUGCAGUGGUCAGUGCAGUGUUUUGCUAGCGAGCAAUAACUUGUUGGCGUGUGGAAGUUUGUGAUUCAGAGCUGGUGUAGAGACGCUCCUUUAUCAUUAAAUGAUUAUUUCAUUCGCUAAAACUAUUAAUAUAUAACAAUAAUAAACACAUUUUCAUAUUGCGAAGUUUUCGAUCUCCUGACGUAGUGACAUAUCGUUUCACAAUUAGUACAGAUUCCACGGUGGAAUUUUGUGUACGUUGUUGAAAAACAUCCGUGAGGUGUAAUAAAGUGCACAGUGAAUUUGCGGUGUAACAAAAUAGUGUUAUUUGUGCAGUGUGUAUGUGAAAUAUGCUCGGUUAUAGUCUACUAAUUGGAAGACAUUUGCAAGAAAGGGAAACGAUGCCGCUUCAAGCCAAUAUAGCAACAUAAUGGCGUAUUCACUAUCGCGGCAGUCUCGUAUCGCUGCCAACGAUGUUGCGACCGGAGUCCCCUCUCGCUGACCAUCGCAGCCUUCUGCCGCGACGGCUGCUUCCGGUCAAGGCACAGAUAGCACCCGCCGACAAAAAGAAGAACCGCAGAUCUCUCGAACUUAACCCCCCGUCCGAUCACCCCACUUAUGACUAUCCGAAACUCCUCAUCUCAAAAACCACAGAUUCCCUCAACACAGAGUGCCCUCGCAAACACUUAAAUAAACAAGAUUCGACUGAUAGCUUAAAGAGGGCGCUCCUCGCCAAAGAGGACAAAAAGCUCAAGGACGAUAAGAAAGUUGCGAAGCAGGAUUCGAGUGAAAGCCUUAAGAAGGCUUUGCUAUGCAAGCAGGACUCGAAUGAUAGUCAGAAGCGAGUGGAAGUCGAUGUUAAAUGGACGCUAAAGGAGGAAAAAAGGGAGGUGAAGCGGGGUAGCGAUAAGAAAGGGUUGCUAGAGACUGAUAUAGAUGAGACUUACAAACGGAUUUAUGAAAGGAGGACCGGAUGUGCCCGGCCCACAUUAACACCCGUGGCAGAGAAAGGGGUGUCUGCAAAGUCUCCUAAUGGGAGUCCCAUCACCCCUGGGGUGGCGGCGGUGGCUGAAGGUGUAGUUCGGUGGGGGAGUGGGCUCCUAUCGCCAAAAGAAGAACCAAGACUUCGACCGGCCAGGAGCUGGUACGGCUAUGGAACUCUACCGUCAGAUAGUGAUAAGAUGGGAGCAGGUGCGAAUGGUCCCGGCGGUCGUCGCGCAUUGGAGCUCAUCUUGAGUGGCGGUCUGAAGUCCUUGGCUAGACAAAACAAACCAGUUCGAAGAGCAGCUUCAAGGGAUUCGGUGUUAACACAGCCUCAGCCGUUGCUCGAAGGUCUAAGAAAGUGCUCAACAGUGCUGGCUCUGACAGACCGAGAAAAAGUCCCGGAGCCGAUAAGAGCUCAUAACAGACUGAGGGCGCCUUCCGUCUGCUCCCGAUGCUCUUCGCUUCUGUCAUUGGCUGGUGCUGGUGGAUCUAGGUAUUCACUUGAUGGUGCAGGCGGUGGGUUCAUCCCAGCAGCGCCGAUAAAUUGCAUGCUGUGUUUAGAAGACGCUACACCAGACAAAGUUACUGUGAUAGCAGGUUGUGGCUGCUCUUUCUGCACGAAGUGUAUGAAGUCAUACGUGGAGUUCGAGGUAUGUAACGGCGCGUAUGAGGUGUCAUGUCCCGACGCAAGGUGCAGCACCAGCGCAGCGCUAUCUAUCGACGAGAUAUCGAAACUUGUUAAUAGCAAUCUCCUGGAGAAACAUAUUAAGUUCCGGAUUAAUCAUGAAGUGGCAAUGGACGCGAUGCGUGCGUUCUGCCCGCGGCCAGGCUGCGACACCAUAGUCCAGGUGCGGGCAGCCAGUCCAGCUCAUUGUCCCAACUGCAAACAUGACUUCUGCUCGCAGUGCAACCAGGAGUGGCAUGGUGGAAUUACCUGUGAAGCGGCGGCUGCGUCUUCAUCAAUGGGAGGCGCCGGUGCACCCUUACUUGCUGACUCUGAAUUGAUAAAACUCUGCCCUAUGUGCCGAGUGCCCAUCGAAAAGGACGAAGGCUGUGCCCAAAUGAUGUGCAAGAGAUGCAAACAUGUCUUUUGCUGGUAUUGCCUGGCCUCGUUAGAUGACGAUUUCCUCCUGCGCCACUAUGACAAAGGGCCGUGUAAAAACAAACUGGGCCACUCUCGCGCAUCCGUUUUGUGGCAUCGCGCUCAGGUAGUGGGUAUAUUUGCUGGAUUCGGUUUGCUGUUGCUGGUUGCUAGUCCGUUGCUGUUGCUGGCUGCGCCGUGCAUUGUUUGCUGCAAAUGCAGAUUAUGCAAUCCAAACACAAAGAACUUAGAAGAGGUGGACGAAAUCGAAAGCAUCAGUCCGGGCCGAGAAGAAGAAGACAGGACGCGGUAUCUCGCCGAAUGACGGUUUUAAACGAAUUAUUAUUUUUUUUAAACUACCCUCACUUUAAAAGACCAGUACAAGCAACUGCGGUUAAAUUUGUUUCUAGUGUGACUGCGGUUUUUCCCUGCUAUUGUAAACACAGAUAUUUAUUGUAUAUACAGUACAUUUAUCAAAUAGCUUAGUCUGCAUUUACGUAACAAAAUAUUUUGUGCAAAAAAAUCAUUUGCAAUAUUUUAUUUUUAUCUCGGGAAGUACUGUAUUUAUUAUUGUCACGUGAUAUUGCGGGUAGCCGCUAGCGGGGAUAAAUCGGAGUGUCGCUAAAUAUGAAUAUUGCUUAAAUAUUUUGGAAAGUGUUUAGUCAGUCGAUAUUGUGUGAGAAAAUGCGAUGGUAAAAAUUAUUUAUUGAGUAUUUAAGAUCUCCGUAAAAGAUGUAAUUUAUUACUAGACAUACAAUUGUACGUAUGUAGAUUAUGUAAGAUCCGAAAUCUAAUUUAGAUGAAUCAUCAAAAAGGCAUUUUAAAAAAAUAAUUUAAGACGCAAGGUAGCUUGAAAAAUAAAAUUCCUGAGAAAAUAAGUUAUGGUAGCAAAAUUAAGCCUUAAAAGAAACAAAACUUCAUUUAGAAACUUGAAAAGCUGGUAUUUGAACCUGCUAUUUUUUUCAAGUUAAGAAAGUUAACUUUUACUAAGCAAAAUAUCGAGGGACCGUUAAAACAGAUAAAUAAAGUAAUAUUUGGCUUUAGAAAAAAGGAUUUUCUUCUAGGAGUAAUCUGUUUUGUCAAAAUCGGUUAAGUAGUUUUUGAGAUACUCACGCAUUCAGGAAUCAAGUAUAUAAGUUGUAUAUAAUAUUGAUAGGUUUGCAACUCGGGUUUCAUUUUUAAAAUUACUUUUGUUAAAUUUUUUACUGACUAAUUCUGUGUACAAUUGUCGCGUUGUUUUGUUUUUUUUUAAAAGGUAAGUUUUGCUAUUAGCGCCACCUCAAGGGGGUAUUGUACUGAAAAUGUUAUAUUAACCUUUAUGCGGUGAACUCAACACUGCCCAAGGUGUCAAACUAUAAUUACGUCAUCGAAACAUGACGCUGGCAUUUUGUCGUUAUCUUAGUACAAAAGAUCUUAUUUAAUAGAUAUGGCAUAGGGGUUCGAUUUCCAGCGAAAUAUUUGUUUAUUAUUCACGCACUUAUAACCAAACUCUUCAUCUAUGAUAGAUGAUGGAUUGUCCUAUGUCCCAUUUGUAAACAGAAACAGACGACAAGUGUAACAUCGGCAAAAUCUGGUUUUUUUACCGCAUGAUAAACAAAUUCAUUCAACUUGUAGUAGUUAUCAUUUCGCUGGGAAUCGACUGUCGGACUUUAACAUAAACAUUUUCAUAUUGACCAAUUUAUUACCGAUAAUUUGGGAAUUGUUAGAUCAGCAUAUUUUAGAACUUCGCCCGUCUUCUUUUAUAGGGCUUCCGGAUCACAUGUGCUGAAUUCGAGGUUUCCGUUUACCAAUAUUACUGAUUGUGUUUCAUUUAUUAAUUCUUGGGAAACUAUAGGAAGGUCACCGGCCCCAAAUUAAAACACAGCAUUUAGAAAUUAAUAAAAACCUCUAAGUCAAGGUGUUUAAUCCUAAAACUCCUAAUUUGUCAUCAUUACAGCAUUGAGGUUGAUAUUAGACUUGGUCGUAAACUCAAGUAAGUGAAUUUGCUAAUAGAGAUUGUUUUUAGGAAUCAUAAAUAAUACGUCAGCUGUCAGACUCCGGCGUGGCAGUACUAAUUAAUUUUUUUUUUCUUUUCCAUCAAGAUGAUUUCUGACGUAAUUGUUGUCAACACAACAUACAAUAUAAUAAGUCUCAAGCAACAUAAUAUCACACGGCGGUUCUCUUUCCUAAAUAUAUAGUGUUCAUUCUUCUGACAAAAUUUCAUUAUUUGUAAGAUUUGGGAACCCUUUUAAGUAAAAAAUACCUGUCAGGUUUCUCAGCUCUUCCAUAACAAACUUAAUAGGAAAUUCCAUAAAUGAAAAUUUUGCAAAUGUCAUUACGUCACGUGAGGGAGCGUUCAAGUAUUACGUAACGAAUUGGGUGUGUAAAACUUUACGAUGCGGGGCGGGGAUUGAAUUACGCGUUAUUGUUAAUAUUAUUUCCUACUUUCCAGUACAUUA